AGAGCCAGUAAUCGGCAUCUCUCAGAGAGGACAUGUGCACUGAUGAUCAGUCAGUGCCACCUGUCAGUGUCCAUCAGUGCCAGCUGUCGUUGCUCAUCCAUGCCAGUGCCCAUCAGUGCCACAUCAAUGUCACAUAUCAGUGCCUACUAGUGCACAUCAAUGCCACAUAUCAGUGCCCAUCUGAGCUGCCUUUUAGCGUCACCCAUCAGUGCCAGUCAGUGCCACAUAUCAAUGCCAGUCAGUGCCACCUAUCAGUGCUGCCAAUCAGUGCCACCUAUCAGUGCCAGGUAGUGCCGCUUAUCAGUGCCAGUCAGUGCCGCCUAUCAGUGCGCAUCAGCGCUGCCUAUCAGUGCCCAUCAGUGCCACCUAACAGUGCCAGUCAGUGCCACCUAUCA